AUGCUUGGUGGCAACCUUGUAAGGAACGAACGACAUGGUUUACUAAAUGGAAUUGAUCCUACACCAAUUAUUGUUGUACAAAAGACAGAUGGCACUCUCGAAGUUACUAUUCCGACAAUUGGUGGAAUCCUAUUAUCAUAUAAGGAUCCAAAGCCGUUAAAUAUUAAAUAUGUGAGCUUUACUAGUUUCGGCAAUACGACUGGAAGAUGGUUUUAUGACUGCGAAGAAACUCAUAUGGAAAUGAAGAAGGAAAAACGUUACAAGCUUGGAGCGCCUGCAAGUCGACUUAUUUGCGAACUAUAG